AUGAGCAGCGCAGAGCUUCGUACCCAAGAUGUGGUGAAGGUGCUCACGAAUGAGCACACCAAGCGCCAAGGGGAGAAGACGACAACAACGGCGACGAUGGUCAAGACUGAAGAUGCAGCCAAGGCCUUCAACACUGAGCGGGAGCCAUACAAGUGCACCUACUGUGGGAAGGUGGGACACACCGUCGAUAGCUGUUGGACCAAGCAGAAGAAUGAAAGUCAAGGAGCCCGACGCGGCGGCAAUGGUCGUGGACGCGGGGCAAACAAUGUCCAGUGGGGACAAUAUCGUGAUGCAGGCAGCGACUACGAUCAAGUAGCGUUUGCAGUUUCGCUAGAGUGUGGACUCUCAGCGAAGAAGGACGUGUCCGGAAUGUGGGCAGUCGACAGUGGUGCAACACACCACAUAUGCCACGACAAGACCAAGUUUGCAAGACUGAACAAGCGCAACGACGGUGAAAUCUUGGUGGCGGAUGGCAACAAAGUGGCCAUCAAGGGUGUUGGAACCAUCUUUGAAAAGGUGGUUCUGCCCGACGGUGAAGAGCGCGAGAUCGAGAUCAAGAUCAAGAACGUGCUUUACGUACCAAGCAUGAGCAAGAAUCUACUAUCGGUACCGCAGAUCAACAAGCACGGCAAGUUUCAAGUCGUGUUCGACGGGACCAAGAUGUUUGUCGCUCGCAAGGAUCGCAACAAGUGGUGGCGACAGCGGAUCUCGUGGAUGGCCUUUACUGGCUUCACACAGCUCAUCGAUCGGCCAAUGCGACAACAAACGGAUGCUACGGUGUCGACUUACAUGCGCGGAUGGGACACGCUCCAGCUGAUGUGCUUCGCAAAAUGGUGGCCACGAACAUGA